GCAGCUUGCUUAUUACAAGAUUGUGCAAGUCAAUAUGGUUACAUAAGAUUUGAAUCAGAACGAUACAACUAUCUGUGAGGUAAACUUUUUGUCGACUUCUUCGAAAAUCGUAAGUGUCUUUUAAAACCUAUUUCUAGCAACACAUAUCAUGACGUUGGAAGAGGAAGCUCCUCUUGGAGUCAAGAACCCCCGAAGCAGUCAAUACGAGAGCCUUUCUGACAGUAGUGCAAGAAUGCUCGGCGUACCGAUGUCUUCAAGUGCCAGAGAGCUAGACAAUACUUUGAGUGUACAACAACCAGACGACAAACCACAUGUACAUGUAGAGUUCAUAGAGGGACUGCCCAUUUGGCGAGCAGCUUUGCUGGUUGUUAAUUCAGCCCUUGGUGCUGGAAUUUUGAACUUUCCCCUGGCUUAUGCAGAGUGUGGUGGUAUCACUACUGCCUUUACUAUCCAAAUGUGUUUAUUAGUGUUCAUAACUGGGGCAUUCCCAAUCCUGGCAUACUGUGCAAAUAAACAUAAAUCACAAUAUUUUCAAGAUAUUAUCCAAGAGUUGCUAGGACCAGGAGCGUACAUUGUAACACAGAUUCUAGUUGUGUUAUAUAUGUUUGGUUGUACUGUUGCAUACAUGAUUGUGAUUGGUGAUCAGCUGGAAAAAGUUGGAGAAGCUAUCAACUCUCAUCCUCACUGGUAUUUAAGCCGGGAAUUUCUGAUGUGUGCCGUGUGUAUCCUGCUUUUCUUGCCACUGUGUCUACCAAAGACCCUAAAAGUUCUUAGCUAUUCAAGUGUCCUUGGAACAGUUGGAGCUUUUUUUAUUUGUGCAGUUGUUGCCGUGAAAUACGCGGAAGGGUCUUAUACAGUUAGUAAAGAAUUUAUUGAAGUAAAAGUGCCAUGGACAAAGGCAUUUGCUGCACUUCCGACAAUUUGCUUUAGUUUCAUGUGUCAUGUACCUUCAGUAGCUGUGUAUGCAGAACUCAGGAGACCAAGUGUACCUAGAUUUGGAAUUGUUACUGUCAUCGCAAUGACCAUUUGCAAUACAGUUUACACCUUGACUGGUUCAUUUGGCUACUUAACAUUUGGCACAACUGUUAAGAGUGACGUGCUUUUGAGUUAUGACUCUAACGACGUUUUGGUGAAUAUUGCAAGAGUCGUGUUAUCUGUCAUGGUCUUGUCAACAGGAGCAAUGGUUACUUUUUGUGGAAGGAGCUGUCUAGAGGGAUUGUAUCUGGCAGCCUUCAGAAUGCCUCCAUCCUUUGCUGAGAAAAACGAAUCAACACGACGUAUUGUACAAACGUUAGUUUGGUUUACACUGGCCCUCAUUACUUCUUUGUAUGUAACAGACAUACAAUAUGCGAUAGAUCUUAUUGGCGGAAUGACAGCAUUGUUUAUUUUUUUCUUCCCAGGCAUUUUUCUUGUUCAAGAAAUGCUUCAGUAUUCAUUUCUCACAGCCACAAGAAAACUGUUGAUUGUUCUUGGUCUCUGGUAUGUUUUUGUUGGAGUGUUUAUAUUUGCAGAAUCUGAAAUGUUAGCCAUAAUGGAGGACAUCAAAGGAAAAGGCUUGUACUAAGCUGAUCACCAUGGUGCCCAGCCGUUACUUUGCCAGCUUGCCCUGAUGACAAACCAGUUCACACUACAAGUGCAGGAUAACAAACUCUAAAUGCCUGAUCGAUUAUAAUGAACAAACCCAGAGGUUUCAUUAACGUGUAACUGUAAAAUUUACUUACGUGCAAGUGUAAAAAUAUGUACAAAUUGUAAAAUAUUGCACAAUACAGUUAACCAACCGCUGUAUCAUUGUGAUGUUAUUUGGUCUAACGCUAACAAAACAAGUCUCUAGAGACUUCUUAGAUUACAAAAGCGAGACGCUCACCUUAUUCUGGUGAAAAGGAUCAGAGAGGAAUGCACUGAGUUUAUUCCAGUGUCUUGGUUACUGCCCUUCCUAUCUUGACAAGAUUUUUCCUAUUUACUCCCAAAUUCAUAGUCAUUACACUUGAAGGAACAAUUACAUUCAUAAGGCUAGGAUUUCAUCUCAAUCUGGUGUAGAAUCAUUUUUGACUUGGAAAAUAACAUUUUCCAAGUACUUUGUGGUAACGUCUCGCACUAGGAUGACUUCAUGAAUGUUUUCAACGUUGUCAAAUCUCCUCGUGUAUUCUCUUACUGUUGCGUUCUGCAUUAUUUCUUAUGCCACUGGGAUUUAACUUCAUUCGUCGCCUCUCUAGCUCGAUACAUCAUGUUUCGACAUAAUUUGCUUGUUUAUACACCUAAUUAGCCUUGAUACAUAAGCUGUCCACUUGUUUUGAUCUAACUACAUGACUAUGGCUCUGAAAUAGAGCCAAAAUAUUGUGAAAACCUUUUUGCAUUGUGGUAAACCAAAUUACUUGGUUUUCAACAAUGUUAACAAUCUUACUACCUGCUAAGUUAUAUAGAGUCUAUAUCAGAAUCUUGACAUUUUAAUCUGAACAUCUCUUUGUAUAAAAAGAAUUUCUCAAGAAUUACUGGUCAGGGGUUUAUUGUAGAUUUCAUGUAUAAAUAUAAUUAA